UCUCCCAGAAUGCAUGGCUUCCAGCGCGGCGCCCAGCAGUCCAGGCCCGAGCUCUAAUAAACAUCUUUAAAACUUGUUCCAAAAUGUCGAUGUGGAGACGGCAUGGAGGCUGGACGGAGAGCUGGACUGAGGCACAAUCGGUCUGUGAAGAAAUUGAGCUGCCUCUGUGAUUCAGCUGCUGGAACUGUGGCGUUCAGGGCUGCUGAAUACUAAAAUACACGGCAAGCUGGAAUAAAACCAAUCUCAGGACACACAUAGAUCCAGUCAGAGCUUCCAAAGUUCCUCAUUACAGCGGCCCUUUUAGGGUUGCUAUGGCAGCUGCUGUCACAGACACCAAGUGCUGGACACAGGCUUGCCCCAGUAAGGCAGGACAGAUCAGUAGUCAUUACUGCAAGAGACCAUCAACCAGUCAACAAACAGCACUUGGCAUUAAUUCUGCACUCUAAGCUAACUAAUUGGCCAGAGGUCUGUAGGCUGAUGGUCAACUCUCCUCAUGAGUCUUGUCUAUGUCUGCUCAGGCUCUUGGACAGAGUCCCUGUGCAGCAACAGAGCCAACAUUGUUCCUUAGACCAUGUUCCACCAGCAGAGCCAUCUGAAAAACCAGCUGCGGGAGAACGACCCAGCCAGCAGGCAGCUCUUUCACUGCCAGGAGUGUGGGAAGCAGUACAACACGCAACUUGGUUACAGACGCCACCUGGUAGCAGCUCACGGUGCUGCAGCAAGCCUCCCCUGCCCAGAGGGAGCUCCUUCCCUGCUGGAGCAGCUAGGCGGCCAUAUUGACCGGCCUCCACCAUCAGAGGUCAACACCAGUGUUGCUGCACCAGUGAGAGAGAGGAAGUAUUCUUGUGAGCGAUGCGAACGCCGUUUUUACACUCGAAAGGAUGUACGACGUCAUGCUGUGGUGCAUACUGGGCGCCGUGACUUCCUAUGCCCACGCUGUGCACAACGCUUUGGCCGCAGAGACCACCUGACUCGUCACUUGAAGAAGAGCCAUGCUCAAGAGUCAGGGUUGAUGCCGCCCUGUACUCCCAGCACUCCUGUGGCUACACCAACCCCUGCCACUCAGUGCCCUGUAAAAGAGGAGCCCAGCCCUGUGACCUCUGAUAUGGGCUCUGUCUCCAAGGAGCCCAUUGAGGCUUUCUCCAGGGACAUGUACCCUUCCUAUCCCAUGACCAAUCCUGUUCCUGGAAUGGGCCACUCCCACGGCCUCAUGCAGGGUUCUUUGUCCUCGAGCAUGGGUGUGGGUCGCCACAUGUCCCCCCAGUCUUCUCACCCCCAUCACCAUCACCUUCAGCCCCCGGCAGCUCCACAGCAGCAGCCCUACAGCAACAUGUCUCGGUACCAGCACGGAUCUACCUCAUAUCCUCGUGCUGACGUGGACAGUUUCUUGCUGGACCUGCAGAGUGCCCCCCCACCUCACCUGAGUGCAGUCAACUCCUCUACCUCGACUUCUGCCUCCCCUCAGAGGGAGGUUCUGGGUGAAGGAGCUGGUGGUGACUCCCAUCUGCUGUCCAGGAGCCCCGCUGUCUCCUCGUCUGAGCUGUCCUGCACCACAAACAUGGACCUCGGACCUCUGCUGAGCUUCUUGCCUUUCAGCUUGCCAUCUUACAGCCCUCACAUGGGAAUGGGAGGGCUAGUGAUGAGCUAUCCACCUGCCACCACCACCACUUCCUCCCCAUCCCCUUCCACAGGGCUGUCCUCCCAGGCACCAGGGCCUUUUACCUUCUUCCAGCAUCCCCAGGCUCAUGCACCACAGGGCCCAGGAGCCCACAACCACAGCCAGCUACCUCAAACAUACAGCAGUCCUGCUAUGAGCACUUCCAGCUCCCUACCUCACUACUACCAGGCCUUUCAGCAGUAAGCAGCUCUGUCCCAACAAACAUUGCCUUAAUGGAUUUUUCGUAGAAAGGGUAAAAAAUGAGAAUGGCAUCUUUAUUGUCAAACAAAUGUGUAAGUUUAGCCUUUCAGUUUUAAUGAUGCAAAUCUUAGUUUUUAUUGUUGAACACAACAAGUCACCUCAUCAGUAUUACCUCAUUAUUUAAAAAGCUUGAAUGUCUGAGGAAAUGUAGAUGAUCUCAUUACAACCAAAAUAGAGUUCUACUUCUUUUCGUUAAACCUGUUACAAUGGAUGCACUUGACACAUUAGUCACUGGUGUUUCACAAUGCUGAAAGCCAUCCAGUUUUAGGUGUCAUGCAAAAUGCUACAAUGUUGGGGCAUAUCUUAUCCUAAAAUGUAUCAUCUCUAAGAAGUGGACACCUUCCUUACUGAAAUGGACUUGAGAUUUUUUCAUUUUAAAAUAUAAGAGCGUUACAGUUGGUGAGUACAUGCAAAAAAAUACCCGAGUACACAAUUUCUGCAGCACUGUCUGUAUGUGACAACUGGAUGGUGAGCUUACAGAAAGAGCUUCUCAUCCAGUCAUCCACUAUUGCAUUAGCUGAUGUGGACAAGUUCAUCAGCAGAUGGAAAUACAAAAUGUUAUAUUUUACCAUUAUUUAAAGUGUUGUGAAUUGUACCCCUUUCUGUAGAAUUCAGAAUAGGCUUUGUUAGUCUAUUUUUUAAAAAACAUAAGUGCAGUCAACACUGACAGGUUGACUGCAUUGCUAUCUGCAAAGCUAGACUGCAUUUGAGAAAUUACAUGACGUGUUUUUAAGUAAUUAACAACUUAUAAAUCAAAGAUGUCUGGAAUUGCAGUGCAAAAGCAUUUGAGUAAGAUUAGCACCUGAAAUUGUAAUUUCUAAAUGGAAAAAUUCACCAGCAGUUCCUCAAGACACAUGCUACACUGGAAGCCCAAGGAUUUUUAGAUGCAUUUAUCUGAGGUUACAUCACUAUUGUGACACAAACACUACAGAACUACUUAUUGCAUUUUUGUCCAUAUUAUGUAGAUUAUUUGGUUAAAAUGCACUUAUCUUAUUUUUUUUUGUUGGUGAAAUAAUGCCGGAUGACUUAUAAACUGCUGUUCCAUUGCUGUCUAUGAGUAAAACGUUUUACAAACUUUUUUAAAAUGUUCUGGCUCUAAAAGUCAGAACAUUUCAUUUGAGAAAAAUAGGUGCUUUUCAGAUGGAAGUGUUGCUGAAAAAGAAAUUUUCAUUGAGUGCAUUCAGUGUAUUAACAGUUAAAUUUAAGACAGUUCCAUUUUUGAGGCACAACUGAGUGAAUCAGUUAUGCUGCCAACAUCUUUCAUGUGUCUUGCAUCUCUCUGUCUGAAUGAUGCUUCAAAGGACAUCGCUGCAGUGGUUGUAUGACCCAUAAAUCCUUAAAUCGGAUUUAUGCCAGUGCAAUAACAAAAAACUUGUUAAAUAUCAAAGAAAAAAAGAAUUUACCAGAAAUCAAAAGUCACUGAAUCAAGAAAAGCCUCAAAGCUUCCAGUGAGGGCAAAAAUUCGACCAGUGAGAAAGAAAAUAUUUUUUCUUUGUUUUGUUGAGUAUUUUUUUCUCUAACUCUCCAUUUUGUUUAUUAUUUAAGAAGUAUUGGUUGAUUAUACUGGCACAAAUCAGCACAGAGACAUGCAAAGUUUGAGGGCUAUGUUGAAAAUUCUGAGCACAAAAAUGGUGGGAAUCUUUUAAAACACUUAAGUUGGGGGAUAGGGAUAGGUGGGUGAAAAGUACCACAAGAAACUGAAACUUCUCAUUGCUACAACCUGCUGAGGGACUAAAUCUUUCAAGAUAUGGCCAUUCAGAACUGUGAUGCUUGAAUUGCUGUGGAUCAGCACUUGAUAAGUAUGGAAAUGAAAAACAUUGGCUGUUACAUCACUGGCUGAGAUUUGACAAUCCUUUCAGCAGAUGAAAUGUUUCCUCAUCUCACAAGUAAUUUCUAAAAAAUCUUCUGAAAGCUUAGGUUCACAUUUUUCUUCUGUUUCGUUGCAGUUAAUGAAGCAUAUGCAGCCCUUAUAAAAUCAAGUGGGCUUCUUCCAAAGUUACUCUUUUUAAUGUGAAAACUUCUUGUGGUGUUGCUAUUCCUUUGCCACAGCUCAGCAAACAAACCUGGGAACCAAAAAACUGCUCAUUUUGUACAGAGAGGGAUGACUGUAGAUCACAUAUGUUAAAGGACAUUAUUAUGGUGUCUUUUAAUGGGCACCAUGCACAGGAUGCAUGAUUAAAGUAAGAGAAAUGUUCCCCUAUACAGCUGUGAAAAAAAGUUUCCAUACACUUGUAAAGACCAUGAAUAUUGUGGCAAUCUUUAGUUUCUACAGCCUUGAUUGCCAUAACUCUAUAUUUCUAUGAUUGCCCCUUGUUUGUCACAAAAACAAUCAUGUAUUUUGGUUCUUUCAUAGAUUUAUUGUAGGUCUUCUGGAAAUUUGACAAAAUAUACAUACAAACGUAAAUUAUCGGUUUUGGUGAUGUAGCAAGUUGUGUCAAUCUAAUUUUCUUUGUGGCGUGGGCUUUUUACUUCUUGUGAAUGAUUAUGAUUGACUACAGCUGAUGACUUCUCUGAGCAAUUUAAAUAGCGCCUAUUUGAUACAAAAUGCAUGAUUUUUAUCUUGUUACAAAGACACGUGUUUUAAUGAUUUUAUCAUAGAAAAUAAACAGUUAUGAAUCAAUGGAAAUUCCAGAUUGCCAUGAUUUUCAUGGUCUUUACAAAUGUAUGCGAACUUCUGUUCACAAUUACAUAUGAGCAUCUAAAUAUUGUUUGAAGAAUGAAGAUGAAAAAAUGUGAACCUAUUCUUUAAGAUAGCCAAUUGUGCCAAAACAGCAGAGUGAGAAUUGUGAUACAUGUAUGUGUGUCACUCUGCCUGCUUGUCACCUUGCAUGUGAAAAGUUCCUCCUGUAUGUGGUGUAGAUGGAAAGCUCAUUCCAGGAGGGAACACUAAAGCGCAUUGCAGUACAAUACAGUUAUAUUCUGAAGCAGAGGACGUCAAGCUCUUUCUCCCAUUUCCAUGUAUAGCAUAGUGGAAGGUGGCAGUGCUGGCUACAUAACAUGAUCAGGUGCUCUUGGGAAUAGCAUUGUGGUUUAAACAAAAAGAACUUGCACAGCGCUCUCAGUUACUUUGUUUUCAAACUGGACCACUGGAUCUGGGCAGGUUGUAACCUGUUUUCUGUGAAUUUCUGAGUUUAUUUUUUAAAAGAAUGCAGCAUAAAUGGCCUUUCAGAGCACUUGUGCCUGUUUCCUACCUUUUUAUCAUCAUUACUGCCUGGCUUAGGAAAGCUAGGCAGCAGAGGAACAGUUGGUUUGUUUAGAUUCAUUAUGUGUUUUUUUUUUUUUUUUUUGUUUGUUUGUUUUUAACUGUCAUAAUGCAGCAUGGCAAGAAUAAUGGAAUCUAUCCGGCCGCCUUGCAGUAAUGGAAAGUCCACACAUAAAAUUGGUCAAGUGUUUUAGAAAUAGCAGAAUAAUCCAGCUGUGUUGCAAGUGAAUCAUAUAAUAUUGAAAAGAUGACAUUUUGAAAGAGAAAUUGUCAAAUGAUGCUGUCUUCUGCCUUAAUUCCAUGGACUCUGUUGAAGGACUCUCUCAUUAGCAUUGUAAUAAGCUUCAAAGUGUUGCACCAACGUCUUAAAAUGCUACUGUUGUGCCUCUCUAAGAGUGUCUAAUCUCUUGACUGGGUUUAAGCACUUAUGACAUUUCUAAAAACGGAUGAAUUUGAUCUGUACCUCAAACACACAGAACUGUGGGUUUCUUUUUUAUUUGUGUUAGUUCUAGUUAUUUUGGCUCUUAUUUGUGCCAUUAGAUGGAAACUAUAAAGGUAGAUUUUAUGAAUCUAAACUCUUUAUCUAGUGGCAGACAUUGACAUAAUUCAAAUUUUCUACCUCUACAUUGUCAUAUAUCUUUCUGUAAAAAUCAUUAGAACUAGUUUUAACCUCUAACAGUUAGGCUGUUUUACCACUGAAGAUGGGGAUAUGUUCAAAAUUCAACUUUGAAGGACUGGUUACACCUUUUAAUUCUAUUGGUGUAUUCCAGAGUCGCCGCUCUCUAUACUCGUCUUUAAUUAUAUUUCUACUUAUUUACUACCUCAGAAGAGACAGGAGACUGUCCAUCUAACUGCAGAGAAAAUGUCUGUGUAGAGUUUUAUUUUUAUCAGAACAAGCACAUGUACUUUGUAGCUCUGUAGGCUUUUUUUUUUUUUUUUUUUUAACUGAGGUUAGCUCACAGAAUAUUGAUGUCUACUGCAGCAAGUACCACAUUGCCUAUUUGUUCACACUGCAUUUGUCGUGUUACAAUACUGUUUCUCUGCCUCUUCCGUCUGGAAUGUUUACUCUGUUUAUGAAUCUAAGGAAGGAAUUCCCAUGGAAUUCCAUGGUUGCUUGCAAGGAUGUACAGACAACUCUUUAGUAUGAACACUUCACCUUGAAAGCAUCAUCAUUUCUGAAUAUUCCAAAUUGAUCUUCCUGGUUUAUUUAGAAAAGCACCAAAAGUUUAAAGGCAAUAAUGAUUUUUUUUUUCCAAGUAAUCAUUUGUAAUUGUUGCAAAAGGCUGUUGGAGGGGAUUGUCUUACUAAUGGGAGUGCCAGACACGAAGACUAUCAUAUAAGAAGCAAGUGACAAAUAACUAAUUUUGUCAUUUAGUUUAAAUUAUUGGUUAAGCACUUGUCAAAAUUUGCAUGGUGCAUAUUUCUAAAUACAUUUAUAUGGGAUCAAAUUGCUACAAACGUGGUUGCCGGGCCCCAACAGCAAACUUUACCGAAUAGCAGCAGGUUAUUCGGGCCACAGUUUCAGUGAACCUACAACUCAGCGAUUCAUUAACAUGUUGCAGUCAUGAACUGGUGCAUGUGUGCUCUCCCUAGAUGUUUGUAGUUUGGACAGUGCUAAACACAAGUUGAAGCAUUCCAGACUGAAAGUAGAGAAGUGGAGCAGGGCAGAGAACAUUGCAUUUCAUUUCACUAAAUGAUUGUUCAGUCCUGUUGUGUUACCUGCAUUAAGGUGGGCUCUGAGAACCACUUCAGUGCAGUUUCACCACCUUUAUCUUAGAUAAAUUUUGUUUUAGGUGUUUGUAUUACCACUUGAUAGACUAGAAGACAGUGAAAAGUGCAAAUAUUUGUCAUUUUCUAAUUGUCUAAACAUAAAGUAAUACAAAAUAAAUCUUUAGAUUUACA